ACAAAACACGGAAAAACAGAAAAAGGUGAAACAUGCCGAAAUUGUGACCCGGUAUCGCAUAUAACGAUUACGUACAAAGCAUAACAUUCGCACGUGUGUGUAGAGGAACGCAGGAACAAACAUGUCCCUCCUGAAGCAGCUCAAUCUAUUGUCCGGCCUAGUGCGCCGGACACUGGUCGGCAGUGUAAGGCCGCUCCACCAGACGGCCACACUCCGCAAGGUGGAAGAUCGCAAGGCUAUGCUGGCUUCGCUGCCCAGCAAAGACGAGGGCACGGUCGGCGAACGUUCCAUCGACAUUGAUUCCAUGAUCGACAAGAAAACGAGCAUAUUUCCCGAUGCCAACACACCGACCUCCCUGAUCAAUGGGGUACCGUUCAACGAGAUACCGAUUUGCCACAUCCGCGUGUCACCGAACAAUACCAUCAUUUCGAUCACGGAUGCCAAGGGUGUGCCACAGUUUAUCCGCUCGUGCGGUAUCGAGGGCUUCAAGAACACGCGCAAAGGCACGAACAUUGCGGCGCAGGCGACCGCAAUCAGCAUCAGCACGAGGGCGAUCGAACGUGGCUACAAAACGGUUCGCGUCACGGUCCGAGGCCUCGGCCCGGGACGAAUGGUAAGCAUCACCAGCAGCUUCACCGACGGAUGUUAUUCAAUUCUCGCUUUAUCGACUUGCUUCCCUUUCCAGUCCGCUAUAAAGGGGCUCGAGAUGGCUGGGCUGAACAUUGUUUCCAUUACGGACACGACCCCGGUAUCGUGGAAUCCCCCCCGUCCCAGAAAGCAAAGAAAGCUGUAAAAUGUGGCGAAAUUGUGGCCCGUGCUGAGGAGGUGGAAUUUAACGCUCUGUCAUCAUACCGUCAUGCCAUCGCAAAGACGCGCAUGGAAAGCCGCCUUCCUCCUCUCCCACGUGUGCAUCAACGUGUUACAGUUUUGUUUGAUUGUUUAUUUUAAAAAAUAGUAAUAAAAUUAAAAUUCUAGCACAA